AUGCCCCGUAUCUGGCUGGACUACUGCCAGUUCCUGGUGGACCAGGGCCGCAUCACGCGCUCGCGCCGCACCUUCGACCGGGCGCUGCGGGCGCUGCCCAUCACCCAGCACCACCGCAUCUGGCCCCUCUACCUCCAGUUCGUGCGCAAGUACCCCCUGCCUGAGACCGCUGUGCGCGUCUACCGCCGCUUCCUCAAGCUGAGCCCCGAGAGCGCGGAGGAGUACGUGGGGUACCUGCGCUCCGUGGGGCGGCUGGACGAGGCCGCCCAGCGCCUGGCCCAGCUGGUCAACGACGAGCGCUUUGUCUCCAAGGAGGGCAAGUCCAACUACCAG